AUGGCUGAUGAAUUGCUACAACGUUUACAUGAUCAAAAUCCACUUUAUAAACGUAUUCUAAAAGAUGAUCUUGCUAAAAAUUCAAAAUGGGAUAGUGUGUUUCAAAUAAAACAAGCGAAAGGUUAUGUAACAGAACACAGGACACCAUCAACCAGUUUUCCAGGAGGAAAACAAUUUGUUGUAGAUUUAUGUAAUGAUGAACCGGAUCUUCUUGAAGUGAAAUAUUAG